UUAUACACACAACAUAUGUUGAAGGGUAGUAUUGUAAUUGAACAUUUGAGUAAUGGAAGAUGUUAUUCUUGUAAAUCGGCAUAUUCUCCCACAAGACGUAAAAUAAAGACGUUGCCAAACAAAACACACAAACCUGCAGUACCAUACCAUAACGGAACUCUUCCCGCUUUCUUCACCGUACCGUAUCUUUCUCUGCAUCCAAUCAAUCAAUCACUGCUGACCAAUAUCGGCAUGUUUGGAGCGAUUCAACGCACUUCGCAGCCUGAUCUUGUAGUCUCAGAUGAAGAACGCACACGCGGAACAUGUAAAAAGAACGUAGGAAAUACCUCUUCCAAAAUCAGCCAAUAUUCUCGAGAUAAGAAAAUCAGAAAGACAACCAUUUAUCCGAAUUCUUGCACAUUAAGGGAAGCUCAAGACCCUGAAGAGACUGAAGUAGUCAAUGCUCUUCGACAAACACUAAUUACCGAAAACUUGUUACCAUCAAUACUAGAUGACUAUCAUAUGAUCUUAAAAUACUUGAAAGCCAUGAACUUUAACAUUGAAGACACCAAGAACAUGUGGAUCAACAUGCUUGAGUGGAGGAAAGACUUUGGAGCCGACACCAUUUUGGAGGAUUACAAAUUCCAUGAGUUGAAUGAAGUCCUACGGUAUGUUCCCCAAGGUUUUCAUGGUAUUGACAAAGAAGGAAGACCUGUUUACAUAGAAAUAUUGGGACAAGUGGACCCAAAGAAGCUUCUGAGAGUAACAACUAUUGAACGGUAUGAGAAAUACUAUGUCCAGGAGUAUGAGAGAACUUUAUCUAUACGGUUUCCAGCUUGUUCAAUUGCUACAGGAAGACGUGUUGAUUCCAAUACGACAAUUAUAGAUGUUCAAGGCGUGGGCGUAUGGAACUUAACAAAACCAGUGAUUGAACUCAUUAGGAGGCUGCAACAAAUUAACACCAACUAUCCCGAUACACUUUGCCAGAUGUUCAUCAUAAAUGCUGGUCAGGGGUUUAAGAUGCUAUGGAACAUGAUUCAAUCAUUUCUUGAACCCAAAGCAAAAUCCAAGAUUCAUGUCCUCGGAACCAAAUAUAAAAGCACAUUGCUUGAAGUAAUUGAUGCCAGCGAGUUGCCAGAAUUUCUAGGUGGUUGUUGCAAGUGUGCAGAAAAAGGAGGUUGUAUGCGAUCUAAUAAAGGACCUUGGAACGACCCUCGUAUUGUGAAGGUUAUUUCAAGUGGCAAAACAAAAGACUGCAUUUCAAGACUAGAGUUAAACAGGGAAGGAAUGAUACAUGAGACUGGACGAUGUUCCUCAUCGGAUGGUGCAUUUGUACACAGAAAUCAUUUAUCCAAAUCGACUACUUUGGUAAGCGAUCACCUUGGUCCGGUUGAAUGUAAGUAUUAGAAAUUGUAAAUAUAUACAAUCUGGGUAUUAAUAAGCUUUUGAUGGUUAAAAUUACCACUUAACCAUUGUAUGUCAUUAAAAGUAUAUAUUUCGUCCAGCUAUGUAUGUAUUCUCUGUAUUUGGUUCUAUAACUGGAAAUCAAGAAUUCAAGAUAUCUCAUUACUACUUUCUUUAUUAGAAAACCAA